UGAAGUGGAGGGUACACGGAACACUUCCUCCGUGCGCUGCCACGUCUGCGCCCACGUCUGCGCCCACUCCCAACCCCACUUCCUACGGAGCGCAAAAGCCGAAGGACGCAGCGCAGGAGACGCAUAAACUUGAAUUAAUUCACGGUCUGAAAUGCUGCCCCAGCUGUCUGUCUGUCUCCUAGUUUAUUUACCCGUCCUCCUGGUGCAGGGCGGCACCACCAGUCCAUCCCAGAAAAGCCCCCUGCUGCGCCCACCUCCACUUUUAGGUGACCCCAGCUGGGCUCUGGGGUUGCAUCUAUACAAGGCUCUGCGGUCUGACUCCAGCUCAGUCAAUACCCUCUUCUCGCCUCUCCUCCUGGGCUCCUCAAUCGGAGCUUUAGGUGGUGGAUCUGCAGGAACCACCGCCAGCCAGCUGCAUGAUCUCCUCAAGACGCCGUCUCCAGCUAAAGCCCAGCCAGGGGAGAUUCUGUCCGGAGCGCUGAAGGGUGUCACUGAAGCUAAUGGGACUAGCUUCCAUGUCCAUGCAUCCUCAGCUGUGUUUUCCAAGCAGACUCCUCCAGUCAGACAAAGCUUUGAGAAGGAAAUCCAGACCAAAUUCAGACUGCAGCAUCAGCCUCUGGGGAAAGGAGACUCCAAGGCAGACCUGAGGCAGAUCCACAGCUGGGCUAAAGUAGGCCUUGGUGGACAGGAAGGCCCAGCUUUAGAGGCUGAAAUCCAGACUAAAGCUGGGGCCUUGAUACUGGCAAAUGCCUUGCACUUUAAAGGGCUAUGGGAGAGAGAGUUCAGUGUGGAGAGCUCAGACCAGCGCACCUUCUUGGGGAAGAAAUACACUAAAGUGACGAUGAUGCACAGAGCAGGUUUGUACCGUUUCAAUGAGGAUAUGCAAAACAUGGUGCAGGUUUUGGAAGUGGAUCUGUGGAGUGGGAAGGCGAGCUUGGUGUUCCUGCUGCCGUUCCACGUUGAGAGUCUGACCAGGUUGGAGAAACAUCUGACCCUGGAGCAGCUGUCCAAGUGGCUGGAGAAGACCACUGUCACCAGUGUGGCCAUCUCAGUGCCCAAGGCCAACAUAACAAACACACUUAGUUUGCAGAAACAGCUGUCUGCCCUUGGUCUGACUGAUCCCUGGGACCAGAAGGUGGCCGACUUUUCUGGUGUGUCAGACAAGAGCAAGGGUAUGCUCCACCUCGGUGGCGUCCUCCACUGGGCUUCCCUGGAGUUGGCGGCUGAAGCUGGGAAAGGAGAUGUCGAACUAGAGGAGGAGCACAUAGAAAAACCCAAGAUGUUUUAUGCAGAUCAUCCAUUCAUUUUCCUGGUGAGGGAGAACACAAACGGAGCCCUGCUGCUCAUGGGAGCUCUGGACCACGUGGAGGGAGAGGCUGUGCAUGACGAACUGUAGCACCUCCAAAAAAUUUCUCCCUGUUCACCCUUCGACUUCUCUUUUUUCCUAUCUCUUUGUCUUUCUUCCAAAAACUGCACACUGGUUUCGAAGUUAAGACAUUGUCAUUCUCUGUGGCACACUAUCACUCAGACUAUGGCUGGCUGUCACACAUUGACACUACAUAGUCUCAUGCUGACUGACACUGCCAUCCCCAACAUUUACACACCUGCACACACACAUGGCGACACCUACAAGGCAUACAUAAAUGAAAGUACUGUAGAAGACAUUACCCAAGUUGGCAGAUACAGCGAAAAUACUAACUCGGAAAGAUUUUCAGUUCAUCCCCCUAGUCUUUCUCUCUCCUACUCAUGUGCACCCACACGCACAUUCAGAGCCUCAAUGAACAAGUCAACACAAAACAAAAUGACAAAGAACACUGCGCUGACAAACGAUAACACGCUGACAAGCAGACGUGGUUACAGUGACACAUAAAAACCUGGACAGCCGCGUCAACAAAGAACUUUUAACGGAAACGGAGGCUCGUAGUGAAAUCCUCCCUGUCAGUCAAACACCAAGACGAAGACAGGCGAGUGUGUGCGCACGUACUGACCGACAGAUCAAGGGUGCUGUGUGGCCUCUCUAGGAGCUGGCAGGGACCUAUAGCAUCUGUCCCCUGGGCUACAUCUGAGGAAGACUGAUGGAUCAGCCAAGUGCUUAUUGAUGAGCCAGCUUAAUGCUAAUGGCCGUAAUGAGUCACAACGCUUGUCAACAACAUGGAGCGGACAGGGAACCUUUUAAUCUCUUAAUACCAUCACAGAUCAAUGACACAGUAAUGCCCUCAGAAACAAACAUUACUGACAUUGCUUGACUUUAAUGUGACAUUUUAGCAUUGAGGAUUAUUACAGUAAUCAUGGAGGCAUUGAUUUUCAUUUGACUUUUUUAAUUUACCAUUGGAGUGAUUAUUAAAUCAUGAAACUAAAGUGGGAAUGUAUAUUGAGUAUUUGGUGUGGUGCAUAUAUGUAUUUUUUUACACUUUAUUUUUAACCUAAGGGGCAUUUGGGAUACAUUGACCAUGAAAAACUUUUGUGACUACCAAUUGGUUCUAGUAAUGUGACGCUGAAAUGAAAAUUGUCCAUUUCUUCCAUUUAUCAUGGCACUGCUCUUCUAGAGUCCUCAAUCUAUGAGUCAGAAUCUCCAACUCAAAUAUUCCAUUCACAAUUUGUAGCUAGUCGUUAUAUAGUCAUUAUAUAGCCUAUAAUAGCCUUUUUACAGGCUGCUAAUAGGAUUUUAAACAAAUAUCUAUCACUUUUCUUACAUUAUUACCAAUAAUACAUCCAAAAUACAUCACCAAACAUGUUUUAGGGAUUGCAUAACCCAAUAUCUUAACAGUUGUUGCAUAUACAUUAUCCAAAAUGAUGCAAGUUUAGGACAAAACCAAGAGACGUGCAUGAUUUACAUUGACAUCUCCACAUUCUGUGCAACAAGGUUGAACUCUGGACACAUUUAGCUGUAGGUGUGGUGCAUAUUUUGUUACUAAAUUGGCAGAUUAUUUGUAUUUAUUCAGCUAUGAUAUCUGUCCUAUGUAUCUGUAUCUGUCCUUUUCUAUUGUAGCACUCUGAGAUUCACUGAAUGAAAAGUGUUAUAAAUAAAAUGUGUUAUUAUUAUUAUUAUUAUUAUUAUUAUUAUUAUUAUUAUUAUUAUUAUUAUUAUUAUUAUUAUUAUUAUCUAUCAAUAUCUUCACCUGAUCCUGAAACAGAUCAAAUAUGUCAUCUUGACAAUACUGACACAGGCCAAGACAGACUGUUUUUCCCAAACACUGAACCUCAGUGGUGUAUAGAAGCACAUUUAAUGCCUUGAAUUGGCAUCAGUUACUGAAUUUUACAUGAUAUACUCGCAGUGCUUAAAAAGUACAGCUGGGGCAUCAACAAAAAGCCUCUCAACAAGCCAAGGUAAAACGUCGUCUUUCUGUCGAUGAAUUAUUGAUAAAUAAAAUACGACAUAAAUGUAAGACUCCCUCCUUGCUGCUCCUCGUCAAAAGUUAUGUUUGUAUCUUCAAUAUUUUAUUAAAAACGAGACAAUUUCGGUCCAACUGCAGGAUCCACGAGUGUUUCAUAUUAGAUGCAGUAAAAUUCAAAAUAAGAUGCAGUGCAGUGUAUUGCUUAUAGGUAAAAAGGUAAAUGUGUGUUGCAUCUGUUGUGUUAUAUUAUCGGCUAACAGCGUCUAGACACACAGCUGGUCUGUCUGAAGCACAUUCAAUGGAGCUUUUACACCCUAGUAUUUCAGCUUUGUUCCUAAUUUAGCCCUCCGCACAGGUCUGCUCAGCAACAGUGUGUGUCCGUGCAUGUUCAUGUACUGGUCACAUGUGCACCCAUGUGUGAAUAAACCUACUACAAUGACCUCUCUGCAGUGGCCUCCUGUGCAGCCGAGACUUGUAAAGGGCACUAUACUCCAGGUAUACUGGGCUCUGAAUAAACCCAGGAGCUCAAUUUAGACAAGCCGAUGAUGGAUCCGAGGCCGUCUGCUGUGAGCACAUCAAUCCCGCUCAUUCCAACUUGGGCUCCCCGCUGACUCACCUUCACAUUUUAUUCAGUUCAGAACACUGGCAAACACAUGCAUGUCCACAUCCGCUCGCCGGUAGCCAGACAUAAUCUGACUUUCUGACAGGGAGAAGGGAAGAAAACCACUGCUUGCAGAAGUGCUGAGCAGCUGCCUGCUUCUCACUUUGGGUCACAUUGUCAGAAUUUAAAGAUUCCUUUAAUAGAGGGCUAACUAUGUUUUGGUCACUUUAUAACAUUUUCCCACAAUCUUCUGGUCAUUUCAGACAUGCACAUUUGGCACUUGUAAACUGAACUUAUAGACUGACCAGAUUCUUUUUUCCUGCAGUAUGAGGGUAAGUGAAUAGUGGCUGUUCUUUUUUUUUUUUUUAUCUACAGAACACACAGUCACUACCAAAAUGCUUUAAAGCACUGCACAGCCACUUAAAAUGCACACAGGCUUUAUAUAAAAUGCACAUUUUCUGGUCCUCUGUGUUUAUCUCAGAGGAACAUGAGACUAUUGAUUUGUUAGCUGUACCGGCUAGUUUACUUUCCAUUUACAUAAUUUCGCAUUGCAGCACUUGCUAUAGGAGGUAAGCUGCCUGAAGAUGAAAGAAUUUAACAGUAACCGCUACAUAAAUUGAUGAAUAUCUUAAAUAAUCUAUUUUUUAAAAGUUUUAAAGGAAUAGUCAUGCUAAGAUGCUUUAUAUAUUCUUAAAGGAAAUACAGUUGUGUGUGUAUAAAUGUUUCAACAGCUUGUUUGAUUUUUUUUCCCUGUUUAUUUGUUUGUCUCUUCAGUGUGCACUAUGGCUUCACAGCACUCUUGGCGAUAGUAAGGCGCAAUAUUUUGGUCAGGUAAUUGAAGUAAACUGUAUUAUGUGUUCUCUGGGAUGAGUUAGCACUAUCUAACAGAGCUUUUGCUCAGCUACCCACAUGAAAAAACAAAAUUCAGAGCAAAUUUAAUCUUUCUUUUCUUUCUCUCCUUCUGCCUUUUUUUAAAAAAAAUAUUUAAUCAAACAUGAUGUUCAAGUGGGACCAUGAA